UAAGCCCUUUCAAAGCAUGCCAGACUACAACAAAGAAAUCCUGUUCAAACUCCGCAAGGAAGGAUUCGACGAUGACACAAUCCUCUACUUGUCCCGGACUCGGACAACCGGAGAAAUGCGGUUCACUGCAGAGUCUAUCAAGGUUGACCAAGUUGAACUAGGUAACUUCCUUGAUGCCUUCUUCCGAGGCUACAAGGUAGCCCACGGAAUUGAAGAAAAGGUAGCCGAUGUCUAUGAUCCCACUGUUCCCAUGCACAUGCUGAAGAAACCUGAAGAGAAGAAGAAAGCCACUGGUGAAGUCAUCACAGGCGGUGGAGAAAUGGAUGUUGAUAUGGAAUUCUUAGAAGAGAAGAAGGAAGAAGGCAAACUGGAGUUCCCCAGUUUUGCCCUACCCACUGAGGAAGGAGCUAAAGAAGUGGGAGAGAGGAAGGAAGUCGAGCCUGAUGAGUUUUUUAAGAAGGAUGGUUCAGAAGAGUGGGCUAGGAUCGAAGAGAUUAAGCUAACUCCAGCUUGUCAGAAAGGAUUGAUAGUGAUAAGAGAAGAGAAACCUAAGAAGAAUACACCUAUUGGAGAUUUGGAUGAUUAUAGAGAAACUAGAGAGAAGGAUUUUAUCAGAAGAGAGUCGAAUAAAGGCCUUUUUGAUGAAGAAGCUAUUGAUACUGAUAAACUCAACAUCGCACAAGAUUUAUCCCAAAACAAAGUCUUUCAGAGUCCUGAUAAGUUGGAAGAAUUCGUCAGAAAUGUAGAGAAUACACAUUCAAUGAAACUUGAGAAAUCUAUUUGGAGUAGUGACACUGGGCAAUAUGCAUUUAAAUGUUGUCAAGAAAACAAUCUUGAGGGAAAAAGCAAGGAAUGCCCAUUCACUGUCAGGUUCUACAGAGAUGUGGGAAAUGAUGGUAUUUCACUGAAAUAUGGUAUUUUAGAGCACAAUCAUGGCGAUAAAGAGACGAUCAUCCCAAAUGAAGAUUCUCAAGAGUGUAUAAAGUACUUUGAUGCACAAGAUGUCAAGUUUAAGGAACAAUUCAUGAAAAUUCCGAACGAAAUCGUCAAAAUGGGAAUUUAUCUUGCAAAAAGAGGAGUUCAGGAUGAAAGUAUCUUUGAAGCAUCCAGGAUUUAUCAUAUGAGUACAUAUAGCCAAGAUGUGAGCUUCAACCAAAAAAGACUUUGUGAUGUCCUCUCCUCAUUUGAUCUGAAUGAGAAGGAUGAAUACGACAAACAAAUAGAUUCUUUGAGGACUGAUGAAAAAGACAUGGAUGAAGAGGUAGAUCUGAGCGAUAGUAAUAUUAAAACUAGACCAUAUCUGGAGCAAAGUAUUUAUAGAAUGACCAAGAAGAAACCCAAGCUUUUCUUAAAGGCUCUCACUGAGAAUGAUGGAAGAGUUUUAGCAAUGUUCAUUUGAGAUCAAUCCAGAGUGAAAGAUAUGAACUAUCUCAAUGAUGCUGUAUCUUUUGAUACAGGAUAUAAAGAUCUUUUUGAAGAUAUGCCUAUCAUGGUUUUCAGUUGACUCGACAAUCAUGGAUUUAGCUAUCCACUUGCAAUUUGAGUAUUUUGGGUGCAGAACUCAGUCUGAAUUCAGUGGGCUUUGAGAAUGUAUAAUGAAGCAGGCUAUAGAAGUCCUGAAACAGUGAUAACAGAUAGGGAUGCUGAUCUUAAAUCAGUUAUAUCAUCGAUAUGGCCAAAGUCAAAGCAUGUGUUUUCAAUUUUCCACUUAUAUCACAACAUGCUGAAAUGCUGCAAGAAUAAGACUGAUAAAAAGGUGAAUCAAUUCAAGAAGGACUUUAUGGAGUGUGUUAAAUCCACAACUGUAGAAUGUGUUGGUAAGGCAUGGACCAUUCUCUGAAACUCGUAUAACUCUAUGGAGAGCGAUCAAGGCCCUGACUUUAUGAAAGAGAUUUGGAAGCAUAGGUAUCAUUGGGCGAGACAAUACACCAAUGACGCAUUCCUAUCAGGAAUGCAGAGUAAGGAUAAAGAUAUGUCCCUCAGAGAUGCUUUGGUCAAAAGAGUAAAGUGCCCAAAGAACCAAGCUUGCACAUUAGUGUCUAUCUUUUGUGUCUUACAGGAAGAAUACUUCAGAAGGCUAAAACGAGAAAUUUUAGUAGCAAGGAAGAUGAAAUAUGAAGGAAAGAUCUAUUCGAAACUUAAGAACAAGUUCCCAAGGUUUAUCAUUAAGAAGAUAGAAGAGAUGGAAAAGAAGAGUGAUUCUAAAGACCUCAUCAUUGUCACUGAGAGAACUAAAGAAGGAAUCAGAUAUCCUGUCCUUGAAGAUGGGAAGACUAGGAAGAGAUAUAAGCUUGAUUGUGGAAACUACAAGUGCCAGUGAGGAAGACUCAGCUAUAUGGGAAUUCCUUGCGAGCAUUUGAUCAAGAUUUUAAGAGAAGACAGUGUAGAUUGGCUUGAGAAAGUCGAAAAAGGAGAACUGAUCCACCCACGAUGGAGACUCUAAUCUUUAUUUAACUAAUUAGUUACUAUUUUUAAUAAACAA